GACAACACGAUGGAAUCCUGUGCCGCCGUCGAGAAGGAGGUGGAGAAAGUUAUCAACAAAUUUUCCGCUAUUAAUGACCACUCGCAGCGAAUCAUCGGCGAUGUGAUUUCGCUCAUCGAGAAGCUUCGGUCAUCAAUUGCGGAAGGCAAUCCCGACAAUAAGGUUACGGCCGGGCAGGUGGAUGUGUUGAACGAGGCGCUCACGAAAACAAAGGACAAACUGCACCGUCUCACGACGGAACAUCGCGAUUUGCACGGCACCGUCAGCAAGGUGGGCAAAGCGAUCGAUCGUAACUUUGUGGCCGACUUUACGGCCACCUCGCGCACGGAUGUGUUCCAGACCGAGCGGAAUGUGAUGCUGUUGAACAAAAUCAUGGCCCAACACUUCUACCGCCAGGGUAUGGACGAUGUGGCGGAUGCGUUGAUUAAAGAGUCGGGUCUGCCGGCGGAAGACAUUGUGCCGGAACCGUACGCUGAGCUGCACCGUAUCUGGGAAGCGAUACAUACGGGCAAUCUGGCACCGGCUCUGGAUUGGGCCGGUCGCUACUCCGCUGAACUGGAUGCGCGCAACAGUACGCUGGAAUUUAAGCUGCACCGUUUGGCGUUCAUGCAAAUACUAAACGGAGGUGUACAGGCGCAAACGGAAGCGAUCGCAUACGCUCGGACAAAUUUUGCCAAGUUUGUGCGACGCUUCGAGAAGGAUAUCCAGAUCCUGAUGGGAACGCUCAUCUAUCUGCAGAUUGGGAUACACAACUCACCGUACAAGUACCUCACCGCGCCCGAAAUGUGGAUCGAAACGGCGGACGUGUUUCUGAAGGAUGCCUGCCAACUGUUGGGCAUCAAUAAGGAUUCACCGCUGUCCGUGAUAGUCAAUGCGGGCUGUACCGCACUGCCGGCAUUGCUUAAUCUCAAGCAGGUGAUGAUGUCGCGCCAGGUGACGGGCAUUUGGAACGGUCGUGAUGAACUGCCUAUUGAAAUCGACUUGGAGCCAGAGAACCGGUUUCAUUCUAUCUUUGCGUGUCCGAUUCUGCGACAGCAGAGCUCCGAGGACAACCCGCCAAUGAAGCUGCUAUGCGGACACGUCAUAUCACGCGAUGCCCUAAACAAACUUAGCAAUGGACCGAUAAUGAACAAUUCUUUCAGAUUAAAGUGUCCCUACUGUCCAAUGGAGCAGUGUCCAUCGGAUGCCAAGCUGAUUUACUUCUGAGCACCUUUAGCACGCACCGC